AUGAAGAACCGCUUCUGCGACCAAGGCAAAGUCACCCUUGAGGGCCGCGACCUUCAGGAGGUCACAUCCUACAUCUACCUUGGCCGGGAAGUAAACAUGGUGAACGAACUGCAAGCAGAGAUCGGCAGACGCAAACGCGCUGGAUGGGCCGCCUUCAACUCCAUCAAAGAAGUCACCAGUCAGCUGAAAGACCCGAAACUGCGAGCUCACAUCUUCGAAGCGUCGAUAAUCCCUGCCAUCUCCUACGGUACCGAAGUUUGGCCUGACACGAAGAAAAAUGCAACCGCCCUACGAACUUCCUACCGCGCACUGGAACGUGCUCUCAUCGGCACCACUCGCUUCGAGCAGUGGAAAAAAGAACAGAGGGCACAGACCUCCGUCAAUUGUCCCAAAUCCGGGAUCUAGAAGAGCACAUACAGCGCGGGAAACGUCGUUGGGGUGGUCACGUCAUCCGCAGACAAGACGACCGCUGGUCCACGAGAUUAACACACUGGAUUCCGAGAAACAUCAAGCGCCCACCGACCAGAUGGACGGACUACUUCCGCAAGAACAUCAGUCAGCCAGGCCGCCACUGGAUGACCGUCGCGCAAGACCGAGCCGCCUGGAGAACGUGUGGUCCACGCUGAGAACAUCAGCGAAGAUGGACCAUCAAAGCAUCAAAGUAAGUAAGUAUUCUAAAUUUUUUUGUUUCAAAAAAAUAAAUAUUUUGAACUCACCAUGACUUCAAAUAACACUCUGUGCUUUAGGGUCAUCAAUUGAUAAUUCAUUUUUUUGUCUUCCCUGAAAAAAAUUAAUAUUUUUUUCACGAAAUUUAAGCUUAAAAGUACCUUUUUCUGGGAUUUUCCGGAGCAAAAUUAGCUCCUUUAAUGAUCAGAGCCUGAAAAAAAUCGUGAGGUGCUGGAAAAAGCUUGGAUUUUUUUCAGAAAUAUGACACUUUUGUGUGUUAAAUUUCAACAAAAAAAUGACUUUUUCUUUAUUUUUUCGGGAAGGCCCUGAUUCACAACGGACACAUGGAUUUGAAACUCUGAAGGUUUUUUUAAAUAUAUAAAAAUGAUUUAUUAGGAUUUUUUUGAGGAGAGCAGAAAAAAACCUGCGUCUUAUUUGAAUAAAAGUUUCAGUUUUUCUUUCUUUUUUUAUUGUUUUUCGAAACUGGGAAAAAUUUUUUUAGUGGCCACUAUAGGGUUUUCGACGUUUUUAGUGGCCACAUUAGUAGUCAGUAUAGUGGCCACUUAAGGGGUUAACAAUUCGUGGCCACUAUUGAGGUCUAAGUGCUAUUAAUAGACCACUUAGUGGCCACUUUAGGGGUCAAUGGAUCAACAUAACUUGUCCAAUCUGUUUGUUUUAAAGUUAUCAGAGUUACAGGAAGGAAUACUGGAUGAAAAACUACUGGAGUGGCCACUAAAACGGAAAAUAGUGGCCACUUUAGUUUCCUCUCCAAGUAGUCCUUGACGAGCCUCUAUAGUGGCCACUAUUUUCCCAGAAUAUUCAAGUUUGAAAAAAAAAAACCUGCAGUUAUUUCAUAUUAAUUUCUUCAAUAUAAAUAACGAGGUCAAAAUAGGUACCUUUUUCCAUUAAAAAAAUACGCCAUAAAGAAGAAAAAUCUUUAUUUUUAUUGAAAUUAUACAAACUUUGGACAAAGAAACAGUUUUUUUAUCGUUUUCCCUCGCGAAUUUACCACAUCCGGUCGUUUUUCUGCUCGUCCAGCUCAAUUUCGCUUUAAGAAGUGGUCCAACUCGUCCUCGUUAAUUUUGAAAUUGAGAUAUUACUUUGGAAAGUUCCAUAGUUAUAUAUAAACAGGGGAAAAACUGAAGUGGCCACUUGGGUGAUUUCUAAAAUCCUAUAUAUUCAGGCUCAUGUUGAAAAUGAACAUAAAUUGAUUUCAGAUAUAGUGAAAUGAAAAAAAAAAUUGAUUUCAAAAACGCUUGAGGAGAUUUUUCACAAUACGAAUUUAAUACAGAAGUUCAAGAAAACAAGAAAAAAUUUGAUUUUUUUAGCCUAAAUUUUUCUCUGUACUGAUAACUCUAGCUAAAUGAUUCAUUCGCAUUCAAUUUUCUUCUAAAAACAUGAAAUAAUCAGUAAAUUCUAGGCACAAAGUCCGAAAAGCUGGAAAAUUGA